AUAAAGUUAGCUAAAAACCCUAAUUUCAGCUGCGCCGAUCUCUCUCCGCCACCAUCCGCCACUCCGCCGCCGCGCGACAAGCAGUUGAGGCCGAUCUAGCAAGUUUUCACGCUACCCUAACUCCAUCGACUAUCUGCAGGAAACCAUUUCUGAACUCCCCAGAAAAAUUCAACAAAAAUUAGAAGUUUCCCCGUUGAGAAAGCUAGCUGCUUUGGACCUCGAUCGCCUUUUUGUUAGCUAAUUAACACGUACACCAGCCUCGAGACAGAAGUGAAAAGGUCCGAUGAAGCACAUUGUAAAGAUUAUGGCGUUGCUGGUAGCUCUGUCAGCUGUCUGGAUUAGUUUGUUACAAACAUCAGUCCUUCCAAAGAGCUAUACUUGGUUGCUGCCACUAUACUUCAUUGUAUCACUUGGAUGUUACGGUCUCUUGAUGGUCGGAAUUGGUCUAAUGCAAUUUCGAACUUGCCCACACGAGGCUAUCCUAUUACAACAGGAUGUUGUUGAAGCCAAGGAAUUCCUAAAGGCGAAAGGGGUGGAUGUUGGCGUGAAUUGAUCGAUGUGAUUUGGCGAAGAUUUUUUGCGGGGUGGAGAACUCGAACUACUCUCACUAUUGUUCAUAUUUGGAAGCUCUGCAGAUGAUCAACUAACUCAUCUGACGGUUGAGAUUACAUCAAAGUUAAACCAAACCUUCUUUAGUUGUGUUAAAGAAAAUAUAUGGAGUACCAAUUUUUUGUCGGAUAAACUGGCGUUUGGUUUUGUAGAAAAGUACAGAUAAUAUUAGAAGUUUCCUCAUGCCUGAAUUGUACUUUACACAGUUCACUCA